AUGGAACGGUGGUCUUCUGCUGAAUGUUCGUCGUUAAAAAUCCACAUUUCCUUUGCGAGGAAAGGACAAGUUUUUUCCAAACCGCUGGUUUAUCGUGCUUGAUUCAAACACAAUGGGAUCAUUUUCCUUGUCGGAUCGAAAGUUGUUUUUCUUGUGAUCCCAAUGAAUCGGUAUCACCUGCUCAGGUUGAGGUUUCUGGACUAGCUGUCCGCCCAAAGUCAGGAAAUCGUUGUCUCUGAUUCUGUGUCGUUAUGUUCGUCCUUUCCUGUUAAAUUAUAUAAGGUUGAUUAAUUUAAAAUUAUAUGCAGCGUCUGAAUGUCACAGAAAGAAUGGUCUUGGGACUAUUACGUUCGUCCUACUGCUUUAGUUGUAUUGGCUGGAUUUAUAUAAUAUUCUAUGCUGCACGAAAACUCCACAUAGGCAAUGCCCUAGUGCCUAUUGUCCUGGCGAUACUUUAGUUUGACCGUGUUUGGUGCACCUGUUUAACGGUUUGAUUUCAGGUGUUAGAAGCACAUUUGCAUAGCUAUUGAGUGAACCGUUAGAACACUCUGAGAAUGCUCUCGUUACUCGUUUUCAUGCUGAAUAAUCAGUGCUGAGAAUAUGCCUUAACCUUCAUUUUCUCAUCUUAGCUUUUGCCUUUGGAUGAAUUAGAAAAUAACCGACUUCCAUACAUAUAAUGGGAGCUUCGAUUUGUAUUUUAUUGGUCCAUCUGAUUAAUUAACUGUAUCGAAAGUACAACUAUACUGAAACUUUCAACUUUGUUUCAGAGACGCACUCAUGAGUCCUGUUAUAGAUGCACCAAUUGUGGUAGAUUCAGAAAAGGUAUUAUCUAUUUUACCAUCUCUCUUUCCUCAAGUUCUCAAUAUUUUACUUUUUGGAGUUAAAAGGACAUAUUUUGAAAAUAUGACAAAAUGAGCAAAGAUUUUUUUGCACGUGAUCAAGUCACCUUGUACCGUGUUAAAUGGUGAUUAUCAAGCAUCACAUUUUUUUGUCCUAAAUAUCAAUCAUUUGAUUCGUACAGGUGUGUCAUUUUUAAUUUAUUGGACGCCAUUUUCCAUAAAUUUGAAUUGUAUUUUCCCUUUUAUGUCUGGUCUGUAAUGUGAAGGACGUGGUCGUUAUACUUGUUGAUAUGUCUCUGCUCUUACCUGUCCAAAAAAUUAUAUUUUACUCAUCUCUCGAAAUAAUGCUGAGGAUGAUUUCACAUGCCAGCAGCCCUUGUCACCUAGUGGGCUCAAACAGGAUCUAAGUUGAACAAUUUGGAGAGAGUAUGUGUCAAAAAUUGUUUACCUAAGGUUUUGAAGAAGCUUUGGAGACUAGUUUAUUUGAACAGCAAGAACAGCAAAAACUGCAGUAUCAGGGGACCUAUGCACCUUUUGUUGUCACAGUGCCCUUUCUAACAGGAUUUACUCCCUACCCAGAAUUUUUGCCGAGCAUCAUAAUCUCCUAUGGCCCAAUGCAGAUUCUUUGAUAUGGAAAUAAGCUUGAAAUUUAUAAGGGAACGUGGCGCAGUUCUUUGAGGAAGAUGCUAUCGAUCCUGAAUUCCAUUCUCUGCCUAAGCAAAAUACGAAUACUUGAGAGUCGAGGAAUUUGUCAACCAGAAUACCUGGGCUAAUACAAUAAGUCAAUUGCCACUGGUCAAAGAAGAGACGUUCUUAGGCAUUUAUAGCAGGUGAGUAUGUUGAAUGAGCUGCCCUCUUUUAUUGUAGUACUAGGGGUCUACUUGAAUGAAACAGCACUUAUGUAUUGUUGAUGUGAAAUGAAAAAGUGCGCACUGUGAAUUAGUGGAACUAUUGGGACACGAAUUCACACUAGAUACAUCCUAAUAUGUUUGGUUCCCUGGUUUUCAAGCCUUUAUUUUUAAAUUUUCACAUUUUGCAUUUUUAUUGUAGUAGUGGAUGAAGUAAAUGUCCAGAUUCUACAUGAGCUGUAAAUUUAUCUCUCAAUAUAAUGUCACCGGCCUAUAUAAAGAAAUGUGUGUGUGUAUUCAUUGUGCUGAGGUCAGCUGUCAAUGUAUGUCUCUGAUACAGUGUCAUCCAUACAUCUAUUUCCCUGUGCCUCUACCAUUUUGUCUGGAAUUUUAUCAUCCAUCAACACUAAACUGGUCUGCUACAAUGAUCGCUGAGCUUUACAUUUAUGGAUCUUUCAUUUAAAGAUCUCAGAUCACCAGCCAAUAGCAUAUUAUGUGUAGUAACCGUGGUGUUGUAUGCAGGUUGAAAAUGGAAAUUCGCCAAGUGAGAAGAAAGUCAUAGUUAUAUUUGUCCUUGGUAAGAAUUCCUUAAUUUUUAGGUUCAACGAUGCCUUGGAGCUAGCAAGUUUUCUUAACUUCAAGUCUCGUUUCAUAGAAAAAAAGGGAGCAGGAAAGGAUGCUAUUUGACUUUGGCACAUGAGUGGUGGCUAUGGGAAACUAGUGUCUUGACUCGACCAUGCCCUUCCAUUCCUUAUAGAUGGAAUCUCCAACUAGAUUUCUUUAUAUUUGAAUCGAAAUGCCUCAUCUCAUAGUAGAGGAUUCUGCCUUCGGCCAGAAAAAAGGCUAGCUAGGCAAGUGUAGGCCUUGACAGUGCUCACACGUGGAGGUGGGGCGCUAGGAGAACAAGUGUAGGCUUUGAUUUGGACUCUCCCCUGCUUAGCUUGCUUUUGAAGCCGCUGAACUGACGUAGUGAUUGGCAUUCCUACCUGAAUCAGAGUAAGGAUCAUAAUGACAUUAUUCAUUUUUAUUUGGUCUUUUUUUCCUUCUAUGUGUAUAGCGUAUGCUGUGCCUUCAGAUCUAAAUAACUGGUCCUAGAACCAGAAAAAAUAGGCAUGCUAUACUCUUCUAUUGGCUCAAAACGUCAAUCUGAAGUCAACAUUGCUUGAGAAAGACUAGAUUCCGUAUUUCAUUAUUGUCUUGUAAUAAACAGAAUAGAUGGAGAAGAAGAGAUCCUUUUUUAUUUAAACAUGUUCAUUCGUUUAUACUACCCAUUUGAGUACCAUGCAACCCCCACGCCCUCUACUGUAUAAGGAACAAGUAGCAUGGCUUGUUGCACCCGAAUCAACAACCCUCCAAAGAUACCAGUUGUUCAUCACAACAGAACAUUUCUAGCUCUCAAUACACCCCCAAUGGCUGAUAGCUUCCAAGAAACACAAGCAGGAAAACACAAUAUCUGCCUUUGUCACUCCAAAUAUCCGGAUUCCCUACAGAGUUCCCUGUAGAUACUCCAACCGCCCUAUGAAUUGUAAAAGGUACCACCUGUUUUCCAUCUACUAUAAAAAAUAUCUUUCGUCCUGUACUGUCAUUUUAGAUUUGUGAAUCAAUGGAAGAAUUGGAACGCGAAUUCCACGCAAUAAUGCUUGUGUAAGAGAGGAAAUGCUAGAAAAACUCCAUAUCCAAUACUGCCCUGUCCUCUUGAAAAUUAAAGUGCUACCGUUUUCAGUUCAUCAAAUUCCCCAUUCCUUCCAUGGCUGAAGACAUGGGUGGGUGGGCCGACAAUAUCAUUUGCCUAACAGAGGAAAGGGUAAUCUCCUAUGUGAUGGUAUUUUAUUCUCAGCGUCCCAGAACAAUGAGAGUUCUAACCUGUACUGUAUCAUUAACUCUUCAGUGUCCUCUUUUGGGCGUACUUGAGAUUCUUGCCUUAUCCAGGACAGCAAACUCCAACGUCAUAUGCUUUAGCCUUUUGUAAAAUUUACUUAAUCCUCUUCUGCUUGCUUUGAUAGUUCUUGAGAAUCCUUUGGAAACACCUUAUUCUAUCUACUGUUUUUUAUUAUAAGAGCUAGAACCUAAGCACUUUUCUUCGCCAACUUCCCAUGUGACCGACCUCCACCAAUGAAAGAUAUUCGCCAUUAAUGCUUCAUUGCCCACGGUUUUCUUACUUCAUAGAUUCCUUGACACGACCUUCAUCGGCCGGCCCCACCCUCCCCCCACCACCUUCAUCAGAUUUGGUUCGCUGCUGCUUUGUGUUCAUUAUUUUCUGACAUCAAUUAUCGUCAAUCUCCGUGUAGGUGGCCCAGGUAGCGGAAAGGGCACGCAGUGUGCUCAUGUUGUUCAACAUUUUGGAUUCACACAUCUUAGCGCCGGUGAUCUUUUGCGUGCUGAAAUCAAUUCAGGCUCUGAAAAUGGGUACGCUUAAUCCAUUCACCGACCUCAAUCCCUUUCCGAAAAUGAAGAUAAGAUCGAACUGACUCGACUUUCCGUCUCCAAUGUCUGACGCAGUACGAUGAUCCAGAACAUGAUAAAGGAAGGCAAGAUUGUACCUUCUGAGGUAACUGUUAAGCUUCUUCAACGAGCAAUGAAAGAAAGCGGAAACUACAAAUUUCUCAUCGACGGAUUUCCUCGGAACGAAGAGAACCGCGCUGCAUUUGAGCAAGUCGUAAGUCGUCUUGUACCUCGUAGCUCGCCUCCAAUUAUUUAUGUAUACUUUUUAUGAAUGAACUGUUCGUGCAUCUGCAGACGAAGGUUGUUCCCGAAUUCGUGCUAUUCUUCGACUGUCCUGAGGAAGAGAUGGAGAGGCGACUUUUGAGUAGAAACCAGGUUAGGAGAACGCUUUGACUUUUGUUUUUCUUCCGUGGUUUGAUCCGAUGAAGCCUCCUCGGCUUUAACUAGGGAAGUCUGUUUCUCGAUGAAGGGAAGAGUUGACGAUAACAUCGAGACCAUUAGGAAGCGUUUCAAGGUUUUUGCAGAAUCCAGUGUCCCAGUAGUCGAAUACUACGCCUCAAAGGGGAAGGUUCGCAAGGUACCCACUUUCAUGGAUCCUUAGCUACCCGAGUUGACCAUUGAAUCGUCUCCAUCUCCCAUGGAAAUAACUAAGAGAUUAUGCUUUUGUGAUUUAGAUCGACGCAGGAAAGCCCAUCGACCUGGUCUUCGAAGAUGUGAAGGAAAUCUUCUCCCCAUUUGAUGCAGACGUAAGAUUUCCUCAUCUUUGCUUCAUGGGCAUGCAGAUCUCCACUCCCUGCUUCCCUUUGACUUUAGUCUCAUGUUCCUGGCAGGUCAACUAG